CGAAUGUGAUUAAUAUGGGACAAGACUAUUUUCGUGUGUAUAUGUGAAUAAAAUAGAGGACAUUGUUCGAUAAUAAUGAACCUAUGAUAAUCGUGCCAGUUCGAUGACCGGUGAAUGUGCUUCGAAAAAUAACAAUCGACGAUAUAAAAAUGUAAGAGAUCCGCUCGAGAAAGUGAUUGCGUCUUCGAAACGAUCGAAAUCUGAAGAUUGGAACUUGAUUAGUGUUCUUUCUAACAGUGUUAAAAAGUGAGCCUCAAGUGAGUCGAACUUGAUAUUGCAAAAAAACGAUCGUAGAAAAGAUUGGAGAAUCUGAUCGAAGCUUAUCGAAUCAUGGAAUCGAGAGAAGCUUAAUCGUCGAAUUGUUAAAUAAGUGAGAGGAGAUAGCGAGUUUGGUCUAUCUUAUCGCGAGAUUCGUUUCUUACAUAAAAAUCAUAAUUAAUAAUUGCGCGGGUAAGGAAAAGGAGAAGGAAAAGGAAAGCGGAAAUGGCCGGCGGGCGUGCAACUCCGUGCGGCAAUUAUGUUAAGUGGGCAAUUAGCAAUUAAGCAAGAAGCCGAGCCGAGCGGCCCCUUAAUUGCAUUCGAGACGAAGGUGGUGGUCAAGCCGCCGGAGGUGGAGCGAUCGAGCUGACGUACGGGAGGAAGUGCAAGGUAUAACGAGGAGUUAUUUGAUAACUUUCCUCGUUGAUGUGGUGUCAAUGUAAAUGAUCUAUCGACCGUCAACUUUAUUUAUCUUUUAUAGAAAGAUUCGAUGGAUUCAUUUUGAAAAUUAAUAUAUUUUUUGGGAUCGAGUCGUUUUCAUGCCAUCAUUGUGUUACUCUAUUAGAAUUAACAAAGUUUUUUGACCCUGUCUUCAGCUAUCGAAGAUCAUCGUUCGAUAGGCGUCGACUAAUUUUGGAAUGUUCGUCGAGAUCGUCACGAUCCCGAAGAGUUUCGAGAAAUUGGGAUUACGCGAUCAAGACAUUGGAUACAGUGAAUGGUGAAAAAGAAAAAGGUUUCUUCGAAAUAGACUCGUAAAAUUUCGAUAUAGCUAUUUUGCUGAUAGCUAAAAAGGUGGUCGUGACUUCCUGGUGAAGAAAACGUUUCGAUUAUCGGCAAGAUUCUUUCUCCCAGGUACCGGACGAGUCCUGGCGUGGCGACAGAGGUACCAACGGGUGCCCGUAGCCCGAAGGAACCACCGACGUCCACCGUAAUGACGGUCCACCAUCAUCAGAACCACCACGUGGCGGCUCUCAGUGGUGUCGCCGUCGCCGGGAACGGUCUCAAUCUCAGCAGAAUGUCCGGCCUGGAACCCCAUAGCCUGGACAAUAUCGUCGAUAGAAAUGGAGUAGGCAUGGAACUUCUUUCAAAUGGUCUUGAUGCCAGAAAUAAGAGUCAUAAUAACAAUAACAAUAACAACAACAAUCAUAGUAACAAUUUACCACGAGGUAAUGCCUCUACGACGAUGCCUCAAAGAUCGAGGUUCAUGAUCACCGAUAUCCUUGCGAGUGCUUCGAGUAAGGUACACCCAUCGGGUCUGCCGGCACAAGAACCACCUGGAAGUCCACCUUCGACGCCUAGGGAUCUCAGCGUUCGGCAUCAAUCCAAGUCAUCCUUGAGCAAUAGCAAUCUCGAUGAGGAUAGCGACGCCAGUCACCACGAUGGUGCUUCCGUCACUUCCAAUGGUGGUAAAGAAGAUGAUCCUAAAGGUUCCUCGUCCAGUGCCUUGAGUUCGGCUCAAAGCAAGAAACAACGAAAAGCUCGUACGGCUUUUACCGAUCAUCAAUUGCAAACAUUGGAGAAGAGUUUCGAACGACAAAAGUAUCUCAGCGUUCAAGACAGAAUGGAACUCGCGGCGAAGUUACAACUUACUGAUACUCAAGUGAAAACGUGGUAUCAGAAUAGAAGAACAAAAUGGAAGAGACAGACAAUGGUUGGCUUCGAAAUAAUGGCUGAGAGCAACUACGCUGUUGCAGCUUUUCAACAAUUUUACGGAAGCGGAGCUGGAGCAGCCGUUCCGACGCAUCCUGCUGCAGGACGAUACUUUCCUUAUGCGACGAGUCAUCCUUUACCUUCGAAUCAAUUAUUUUAUCAACAAGCAUCGGCUGCUGUUACCUUACAGAAGCCAUUACCUUACAGACUUUACCCACCUACGAUGAUUCUCGCUGGACCCAGUGCUGGACCAUUUGGCUCACUUGCUGCUAGUUCGAGCUUAUCCAGCUUGAGCAAUUAUUACAGAGAUAGUCCUGACAUGGUAGAUGAGAGGGAGAGGGAAAGCAGGAAAGAAAGAAAAGAUAGAGAAACGAUGCAAAGGGAUAGGAGCAGAAGUCGAGAAGGAUCACCGAUUAGAAGAGAAGACACUCCGGAAAGUAUAAAAGCCGAUAGCGACGAAGAAAGUAUACACGAUAUUUAGGACAUAGACAAAACAAUCGAUCGAUCGGCGAAACAAUUCGAAUGAACGACGAAAGGAUACGCUUUGAUCCUCCGAAUAAUGAAGAUGACGAACAAAAAUACUAAAAAGUACGAUGAACGAUUCAUAAAGCUGCGAGAAUGAAAACGAUUUUAAAAGUUUAAAACUCGUUCUUCGGAAUAAUACGAAAGAAGAAUUUUACGAAUACCGAAUAUUUAAUUAAUAAAAAAAACAGAAAAGAAAAGAAAAGAAAAAAAGAAGAAAUUAAAUAAAUAAAUACGAUCGUUUAUGGCGAUAUAUCUUUUCAGACAAGAAGUGUUGUGUAUCUUCGGAUAGAAUCGACUGAGAUCCGAUUUAUAAUAAUAACGAGUGAAACAGGAAGUGACAUGGCAUGAAACAUCCGGGAUUUAUUUGGACAACGAGUUUAUGCAGGAAGUGUUGUGCGGUUUUAAACGAAAAUCGGGGAUUCGGAACGUUGUUAAAAUAAAUAAACGGUAAGAAACGAGAAUUUCAUAAAGAGAACUAUGAAUUUUCGUUUGAACGUGUUUGAGAAAAAUCUCAUCGAUUUAUCGAUAGGUAAUAGAAAUCGAAAUAUUUUCGUUUUGUUUCAUUGUAUAAUCAGUCACGUCAUGAAAAUAAGAGAAAGGGAAAGGGAAGAAGAAACUGUAGGCGAAAUUUCUCGUCGAACUAUUUAUUUCGAAGCGAGCCGAUCGUGCACGAAAGCGAAUCUACAAUUUAUAUGACAUUAGAGAAUACCUAGCCGCGGGGAAAAAGAUCUAAAAUGACACGAAAUUACACACGGUCGCCGAAUAAAAAGAAAAAAAGGAAAAAAAAGAAGAAGAAAGGGAAAAAAGAAAGAUGGAAGAUGGACGAGAAUUCGGAAAUAUAAAAGAUAUGUUUGAUGAAUAACAGUUAUAAGUUUCUCCAGUUGGAAACCUGAAAAUCUAGUAUUUAUUUUCUUCCUUUUCUUCGUUAGACAAAAUCGACGAGAUAAUCUUGUCGUGAACAGAUAAUGAAAAAGAAGAUGAUCGAGAAACGUAUCAAUCCAUGAUCGAGGAACUUCGAGAUACCAGUGUGUAAGCACAUAUAAGUGAAAUCGAUUAAUUGUGCUCGAAGUACGAAGGUACUGUAAAUAAAGGUGAAAUGAAAAUUAAAUAAAAAUAAUUCAAGAUCGGAGUCCGGACGUGAUAUGAAACUAUCUUGUAAAUAUUGAAGUACAUAAAAAAGGAAAUUCAUUUCUGUGAAAGAAAAAGAUCGUAAUCUUAUUUUAGAUGAUAAAAAGAAGAAAAAGAAGAAGAAGAAGAAGAGAGAUAGAGAGAUAGAGAGAGAGAAGAAAUAAGGUGAACGCAUCAUGCGCUUUUCAACGAUCAGAGCGUCGAUAGAUCGUUCAAGGAGAAAUCAGAGAUCAUUUCUUCUAUCUAUCCUCCUUCAUUUUGUUCCUCAAUAAAAGAAGAUAAAUGUUCUUAGUUAAAGUCGAAAUUUAUUUUAUAUUUAUCAAUAAGUUGAUAAGAAGCACGAUGCGUUCGAUAAAAAAAAAUGAAAUAAACCAGUAUUAUGAAUGUAUAAAUAUUAGGACAGUACGACGAGUAAAAACGGUAAUAACCGAGAAUAAAUGGUGUUAGAAAGAAAAAGUAAUAAGAAUAACGAAAAAAAAAAGAAGUAAGAGACGAUGGCACCGGCGAUACUUUUGCGACUUAUCGCAACACUGUACGAUUUGAAUCCAAGUAUCGUAGCGAGUACAUGAUUACACAAGACAUAUACAUAUACUCACACACGUACCCACACAUACACACAUACACCCAUACAAAACUAGUAAUAAAUCAUGCUUUGUAAAAUAUUGUCUG